AUGGACAUCGAGGACCAUAAUGAAGAUAUAGGUGGAUUUGGGGAGGAGAGGGUAAAACCACGACCACUACCUGAUGAUUUGCCCAAGUCACUUGACGAUCGAAAAAAUGUAUCGGCAGAGUAUGCACCGGAGACUGAGAUGUAUGAUGCAUGGCAAGGACAAUCGCAAUUCUUAACAAAUCCUGUUCUUGCUAAACCACUUGAAUUCAAGAAUCUCUCACUCGGAACUGACGAAUUCGAAGAUGAUAUUACAAAACAAAAGAUAGGGGAGAGUGACAAUAGACUCAUGGAAAUGUUGGCCGCUCAAGCAGCACAUCGGGAUGGCUCAGCUAGUGAGGAUGAAGAUGCUGUCGCUACUGAUGAGAAGCUUUCGCUCGAAGAGAAGAAGGAUAUAUUGCAAAAGGCUUUGAAUAUGGCAGCUAGUAAUGGAGAUGUUGAUCGCAUAGAGAGGAUUCUUCAAGGUAAAGCAAAAGACCUUGUUGAUUUGAAUGCGCCGGAUGAAGAAGGUACAGCGCCAUUAAUAUACGCAAGUUGUUUUGGUCAUGAAGCCGUUGUAACAGCACUAUUAGAUGCUGGCGCCGAUGUCGACAAACAAGAUCGAAAUCAAUGGAGUGCUUUGAUGUGGGCAAUGACAAAUCGACAUAAGGGUAUAGCGAAGGCACUUUUAGAUAGGGGCGCAUCUAGAGAUGUUAAAUCGUCAACGGGUAGAACAGCAUUCGACUUUAUCGCCCCAGAUAGCGAAAUUGCCGAUUACCUUCAGGAUGGCGGUUAUCACAUUGGCAAUGCUGGAGUAACGGACGACUUUUAUAAUCCUGGAUUCUCCCAAGAUCGAUUCGAGGAGGAAAUGGCAGAAAAUGAGAUGAGGCGGCGAAUGAUGAUGGAGAGUGCUAGAGAUUUAGAGGUUGACUUGGGUAAUAUGGGUAUUGAUGAUCAACCUGAGUCACCAGAGGAGUUAGAAGAAGAAGGCCAAGAUUUCGAUUGGAGUCGAUGUUUACAUGAUCAAAUGUUCGUGUUCCAAGAAAGUGAACUUGGUCGAAUCCUGGAUAUUAUCAUCACCAACAUGUCUCCUCAACGAUCGCCGUCUCAGAAACCUGUGCCGGCGAACAUGAUUUUUCUCAGCGCUAGGUAUGCUCAUUAUCAUGCAAGUCAUGAUCUUCUUGCCAAACUCCUCAUUAGCGCAAUGGAUAAGAUCAAUGAUGUGGUUGAAACACACCAAUGGGACAUGACGAUAUUGGCUUUCUGGAUUUCGAAUGCUACAUUAUUAUUACAUUAUCUGAAGAAAGAUGCUGGGUUGUCUGAGUCAACAUCCGAAUUUCAACUUCAGCUUGCGGAAUUAAUCAAUGAGAUAUUUAUCUUGAUUAUUCGAGAUGCUGAAAGGAGAAUGGACAAAGUCCUUGAUUCUGCCAUGUUAGAACAUGAAACUAUACCAGGAUUUGAAGACGUCACAUUUCAGAAUGAAUGGAAGCUCUUCAAGAGAAAAACGACUGUCAAAGAAGUACCGAUUGAAAAAAGAUUCCGACCACCUUCUCCCAAGGCAAGGGCUUAA